AUGCGCCCGCGUUUUCUGGGCGACCAAACUCCCACCGCGCAGUUCCUAAACGACAUCACCCAAGUCUUAUCGCUGAAACUCACGUGCGUUCGCGUGUUGCUUUUAACCAAAGUAGUUUGCGCGCGAAUCGUCUCGUCGUCGUUAGGGGAAGAUGCACGCGAGGAGAAGGAGAACGCGGAUGCACCACCACCAAAACCACCACCGCUCACGCUCAAGGAUUUGACGGAUGAAACGACCAGUCGAGAAACGAUCGAAAUUUGUACGAGUUUAAUCGAAACGAUCGUUCGAGGUGCCGUUCGGUACGAGUUAGAUGCGAACGAAUUGAGGAACGAAUUGGAGCAGUUGGGUUUGCCAAAGGAACACACGGACGCGAUCGCAAUCCCGUACGGGGAGAAUAAAGAUAAGUUGAGGGAAUGUAUGUUGAAGAAAGUGAUUCGAAUCGGACGAGAUGAAGAAGGAAAUGAUUAUGGAAAAGUAGGAUGUUCGUGGGAGAUUGUCGCGAGAGCGGUGGAUACAACGAGGACGAAAAAGGAGGAGGGAGAAGACCUCACUGCGCCUGAUUUGAGAGUGAAGGUGAGUAUUGGUGGGUGUGCGUUCACCGCGGACGAGAUAGAUUUGAGGGUGUGCAUAAACGAGAUGAAGAGCGCGAGAGCGGCCAUGAACGAGUAG